GGCCCCGACCCACCGGUCCCGGCUGCCCCCGAGCCCUGGGAUGCUCACGGACCCCACCGUGCCCCGCCGGGGGGAACACAGCAGCGCGGGCAGCGGCGGGGUCACCGGUCCCCGAGGGCGGAUAAGGGGGGGCAGCGCCGCCCGCUCGGGGCGGUCCCAGCCCGUCGAGGGGGGGAUAAAAGCCGGGUCGGCUGCGCGGGCCCGGGGGAGCCGGGCAGGAUGAGCGCGGCCCCGGGCACCUCCCGAGCCCCGCAGCCGCUGCUCCGCUUCCCCGGCGGGGCGGGAGGACCGGGCGGCAGCCGAGCCCCGGGGCCCUGCCCCUGCCCCUGCCCGGGGGGCCCGCGCAAGCGGCGGCGGACCACGUUCAGCCGGGGGCAGCUCUCGGAGCUGGAGCGGGCCUUCGCCGCCGUGCCCUACCCGGACAUCGCCACCCGGGAGCGCCUGGCCGAGCUCACGCAGCUGCCCGAGGCCAAGAUCCAGGUCUGGUUCCAGAACCGCCGCGCCCGCAGGAUCCGCAGCGCCAAACCGGAGCCACCGCCGCAGCCUCCAGCAGCGCCCGCCGAGCGGGGUCCCUCCACAGCACCCCCCGACGGCACCGCCCCAGGCCCGGCCCCCAGCGCGCCUCCACCGGGAGCCCGCAGCCCCGCUCCGGGCCUCCCCACCUCGCUGGGCUCCAUCUCUGACCUCAUCUACAGCGCGGCCAUCACCAACCUGGGCGAGCCAUAGCCGCGAUGGGGACCCCCCCCCCCGGCCCCGGGGGACCCCGGCCCCGCACCAUGGUUUCGUUGGGGUGACAAGGGGUGACCUGCCGGUCCCGAGGAUGUCAUCCUAUAUCCCAACUGCCGGAGCCCCGCGGCGGGGCCAGGCCCCAUGAGCCCCCUAAUGCCGACUAAUCUUUUGGAUGACAAUACCUUAAUCUGGGGCUGCUUCCAGGGCUGAUUGCUGCGCGGCCGCCCCUAAUCCGCGGGCACGUUCCCAGGUGCCGGCAGAUCCCCCGUAUCGGAUAUUAAAGCGUGUUUGCAGCGGG